AUGGCUAUCGUAAAGAGCACAGGGCGGCGCACUCGGGUCACUACCAAUGCUCCACCCAAGAACUACCGGCAGUCGUCGCCCAGCUCAGUCCUCAGAAAUAGAUCAGACUCCGACUCAGACCAGUCCAGAGAUUACACAGUUAUCAGCGACACGAGCUCAGAGGGCCCGGAGCUGGAACUAGAAGCAGAGGACGAAGUCGGCGAACUGACGGAGCUGGACACGUGGCUGAAAAAUGGGGCUCCGGGUUGGAAGCUCCUUUUGCUGGUGUUUUGCUGCGGCGCUUUCCUGGGCCUCCUGCUCCUGUCUGCACUGGGGGGCGACAGAUUUGCAGUUCCGAGCUCGAUCCAGAGCACCGGUGUCAAAACUGCGAGGCAAGGUGGACGGAACCUUCCGAGUCCGACUUUUGGGCCUGACGGAAGGCCCACCUGGUACGGCAGGAUAAAGCCGAAGCAAAUGGUGGCUACACCUAGGGAAGCAAUCCAGUGGGCGGCAAAGGAGUCCCUCUGGGAAAAGGUCUCCAGCCGCGUUGCCAUUGCCGUCCGAACAGAAGCCUCCACUGCCGCCCACCGCCUGCCGGUCCUCCAAUCCACGUGGCUCCAGGAGAGCCGCAUCCCCAACCUUCUCAUCGUGUCCGACAAGCAGGGCCCGGGGGUUCCCCCCGGGGCGAAACUCGCCAGCAAACUCCUCAAGAAAGUGGGCGGGAAAGCUGCCCAAGAGGAAGGAGCGCAGUCAACGUUCUUGCCCGCGCUCAGGCUGCUUCACGAGACGUUCCCGACGGCGGAGACGUACCUCGUAGUCGACGACGAUGCGUAUCUGAUGUUAGAAAACGUGGCGAAAGUGUUGUUGUCGAAGCUGCCCACCGCGACGGCGAACAGUAUGUGCUUGGGCAGGGGGUACCUGGUCACCGGUUGCGGGGGGAUGCACGAUUCAGGCGUGACAGCUGGCAAGACGAACGCGAUGUUCCCCCAGGGCGACGCAGGCUUCGUUUUGUCUAAGAAAUCGCUCGAAUUGGUCGCCCCGUUUCUCGACGGGUGCAUGGUAGACUUUACCGACUGCUGGGCGGGGGACAUGCGAGUCGGGCUGUGCCUUAACCGGGCAGGCGUGCCGUUCGACUACCAGAAAGACAACAGCAUGGGGUGGUUCUUCCCGGGCACGUUGUCCCAGUUAGUAAGCGACCCGGCGUAUCACCAGUACCGGGCCAGUACGGACCGCCCGGUGACGAUCCCCAACGUGCAGCCGUUGGACAUGGCCAAGCUGUGGCGGUUCGAGCAGGAAUACGAUUUUGGCACCGACGCUAGUUAUCGGAACCUGGCACAGUAUUGGAAGUCCGGCAAGAAAGUGGAUUGGAGCUCGGUGAAUGCGUCGAGCGAUUGGGAGGGGCGGCGAUGGAUACGGGACGCGGCUGACCUAGAAGAGUGUGGGCGGAUGUGCUAUAUUCGGUCGGCCAAGAAACGAUGCGUGGCGUGA